CUCGAUUUACGUGACGAGUCAAACACACUCAGUUACUGUGACAAAAACUCAAGCAUCACCGCUUUCGACAUCAUACGACAGACUUAUUUCGUUUUGCCUGACUGAGCCUUUUUGUGUCACCUCGCGACCUUUUGGUGCUCGACUACCUUUACGCAUCAUCAAACCAGAAGGCUCAUCCUCUGACAGCUACAACAUAUCUCAACCUACAUUUCACAUCUCUUUUUGAAUAAAAAGACAACAUGUCUGUCCUAUCGGCUCCACCACCCUACGAGAACUCGGUCCGCCGCAGCAAAUCAGUCGGCCACCCGCGCCGCCCUAAGCAAAAGAUUUUCAUCCCAGACACCAUCGACAGGUUGGACGACACAUCCUUCGGCGGCCACUACCACCACGGCGGGCCCUAUGACGCCACAAGGCCGUCCUUUAACAGGAACCGGAAGCUCUCCCCGCUUGCCGCCACCAAGGAGGGCAACAAGGCCGCUUGGGAAGCCACUCCCCGUGAGCUGCAGCUGGAUGCUAUCCUCAAGGGCCGCCCACUCGACGGCGUCGGAAUCGUCCCACCAGGCGAGAGAGCCUUGAACGGCCAGAAGAUGGAUUAUGAGGAGGGCGAGGACCUCAUGAGAGAGAUGAACCCUGGCGGCGGCGCCUACAAGCGCUGGCCUGAUCUGCAAUACAACCCUAACGACCUCAAGGGCAAGGGCGAGCCCGGGUUCACUAUUGACAACGAGCGCAAGAGGCUCGAGGCUGCCGAUGUUGGACGGUCGAGAUCGACCCGCGACAGGGAGAGGCGCGGCGACUACGAGAUGGUGCCACAGCGCCCGAUGCGAGACGGCAAAAACCCCGCGCUGGUGCGUCAGAGGAGCUCGAGCGCGAGCGCCGUCAUCGCCAGCAGCAGCAGCACGUCGCGGCCCAGAAGUGGAAGCAACUUGGCCGAGGGGCUGAAGAGGCGCCUGGGCAGCCUGAGGCGGAAGUAAUUAUUUUUCUUUUGUCAGAGAAGGAGGAAAGAUUUGCCCACGAUGAUUUGAUCUUACUUUAUGCGUGUUGGAAUAUGGUGAAAGGAGGUCCAGCAAAGCUCCUGUGUAUUAAUUAUCAAUGGUACGGGGGGCUUGGGCACGGCGUCUUAAGUUCACGGUCUGCGCCCUGGGAAAACCUAGGACAGGCUGAUGACUGGGUGGUGUUCAUUUUGAUAUCUUUUUUCUUGACUAACCUUGAUUAUCUCGACUGAACAAUCUGGAAAUCUUCUAUGUUUCUACUC